AUGGUGCCGGCGCCCACCAUCCCCCCGGAUUUCCAGCAGCUUCUACUACGUCCGGCAAAGAUCCCCCACUCAUCAAAAGUGACCUUCCUCGUCGAGGAUACCAAGUUCCGCGCCCACAGGCUUGUGCUUGCUAUGCGGUUGCCGGUCUUCGCCGCGGAGCUCUUUGGUCACAUGAGGGAGAGCACCGCUCAACGUGUCAGGAUCGAGGACAUGCGAGCCUCCACAUUCAGGGUCAUGCUCCAAUUCAUCUAUACUGACGAGCUUCCCGUCAAGCCAAACAACGGCGAGGAAUCAGGAAGCAGUCAUAAUAAUUUCAAAAGGGAAUUCAUGGCGAGGGGCCGUGAAGUCAUGGUACACAAGCUGCUUGUGGCCGCUAAUCGCGUCGAGCUCAUGUGCGAGAACAUACUAUGCGAGAGCAUCGAUCUGGCAACUGUCAUGACGACUUUGCUGCUAGUGCGGGGCCGCCAAAGGUGCUGUCAGCUCAAGGAUUCCUGCAUCAAGUACAUAACAUCUAGCCCUGAUAUGUACGACGCGGUGAAGGCGACCAAGGAGUAUGAGGAGCUCAAGGAAACAUGCAGCUCUUUUAGAAUUGAGGAGAGCGAGAUUCACGCGCACUGGCUCAUCAUCGCCAUGCAGUCGCUGCUUCUAUACGAAACAUUAGUGGUGUCGACAACCAACAGUGUCGUACGGAUCGGCGAUAUGAAGGCCGUCGUGCUCAAGGCCGUACUCCACUUUGUCUAUACCGACGAGCUGGUUCCUGUGAAUGAAAUGGUGGUAGCCAGAGAAAUGCUGGCGGCGGCAUGCUGGUUCCGCCUGGAGAGGAUGAAGGCCAUGUGCAAGAAUUUGCUCGCUCAUCUCGUGUUGAAAGACAACGCGAUGAGCACUCUGGAGCUGGCAUUGCUACACCGCUGCGAGGAGCUCAAGAUCUACUGCAACGACUUCAUUGAGCGUGCAAUGAAGUGA